GGCCUGGCGGUGGCGGCGGUAGCGGCCGCGGCGUCUUCGGCGGCGCCCAGUGCAGGAUGUUGCUGGAGGCGGCGGUGGCGGCCCUGGUGGCGGCGGCGUCGUUGGCGGCAGCGGGAGGGGGUGCUGUGGCGACAGCGGCACCCGCGGGUGGUAUAAAAUGGCGGAUUUCGAGGAGUUGAGGGAUCUCCAGUACAAUGUUGAAUAGAAGCGGUGAUGGGGGCAUCCUGAUCUUGUUCCUGAUUUUAGAGGAAAUACUUUCAAAGUUUCACAAAUAUGGUCUCUAGUUUUAGGGUUUCUGAACUACAAGUGUUACUAGGCUUUGCUGGACGGAAUAAAAGUGGACGCAAGCAUGACCUCCUGAUGAGGGCGUUGCAUUUAUUGAAGAGUGGCUGCAGCCCUGCGGUUCAAAUUAAAAUUCGAGAAUUGUAUAGACGCCGAUACCCACGGACUCUUGAAGGACUUUCUGAUUUAUCCACAAUCAAAUCAUCAGUUUUCAGUUUGGAUGGUAACUCAUCACCUGUAGAACCUGACUUGGCUGUGGCUGGAAUCCACACAUUGCCUUCCACUUCAGUUACACCUCACUCACCAUCCUCCCCUGUUGGUUCUGUGUUGCUUCAAGACACUAAGCCCACGUUUGAGAUGCAGCAGCCAUCUCCCCCAAUUCCUCCAGUCCAUCCUGAUGUGCAGUUAAAAAACUUGCCCUUUUAUGAUGUUCUUGAUGUUCUCAUCAAGCCCACGAGUUUAGUUCAAAGCAGUAUUCAGCGAUUUCAAGAGAAGUUUUUUAUUUUUGCUCUGACUCCUCAACAAGUUAGAGAGAUAUGCAUAUCCAGGGAUUUUUUGCCAGGUGGUCGAAGAGAUUAUACAGUCCAAGUUCAGCUGAGACUUUGCUUGGCAGAGACAAGCUGCCCUCAAGAAGAUAACUAUCCCAAUAGUCUAUGUAUAAAAGUAAAUGGGAAACUUUUUCCUUUGCCUGGCUACGCACCACCACCUAAAAAUGGGAUUGAACAGAAGCGCCCUGGACGCCCUUUGAAUAUUACAUCUUUAGUUAGGUUAUCUUCAGCUGUGCCAAACCAGAUUUCCAUUUCUUGGGCAUCAGAAAUUGGGAAGAAUUACUCCAUGUCUGUAUAUCUUGUACGGCAGCUCACAUCAGCCAUGUUAUUACAGAGAUUAAAAAUGAAAGGUAUUAGAAACCCUGAUCAUUCCAGAGCACUAAUUAAAGAAAAACUUACUGCAGAUCCUGAUAGUGAAAUUGCUACAACUAGCCUUCGGGUAUCCUUGAUGUGCCCUUUAGGGAAAAUGAGGCUGACAAUCCCAUGCCGAGCGGUGACUUGUACACAUCUACAGUGUUUUGAUGCUGCCCUUUAUCUGCAAAUGAAUGAGAAGAAGCCCACCUGGAUUUGUCCUGUGUGUGACAAAAAAGCUGCCUAUGAAAGUCUAAUUUUAGAUGGCCUUUUUAUGGAAAUUCUCAGUGACUGUUCUGAUGUGGAUGAGAUCAAAUUCCAAGAAGAUGGCUCUUGGUGUCCAAUGAGACCGAAGAAAGAAGCUAUGAAAGUAUCCAGCCAACCAUGCACAAAAAUAGAAAGUUCAAGUGUCCUCAGUAAGCCUUGUUCAGUGACUGUAGCCAAUGAGGCAAGCAAGAAGAAAGUGGAUGUUAUAGACCUAACAAUAGAAAGCUCUUCUGAUGAAGAGGAAGACCCUCCUGCCAAAAGGAAGUGCAUCUUUAUGUCAGAAACACAAAGCAGCCCAACCAAAGGGGUUCUCAUGUAUCAGCCGUCUUCUGUAAGGGUGCCCAGUGUGACUUCGGUUGAUCCUGCUGCUAUUCCGCCUUCAUUAACAGACUACUCAGUACCAUUCCACCACACGCCAAUAUCAAGCAUGUCAUCAGAUUUGCCAGGUUUGGAUUUUCUUUCCCUUAUUCCAGUUGAUCCCCAGCAGUACUGUCCUCCUAUGUUUUUGGAUAGUCUCACCUCACCCUUAACAGCAAGCAGUACGUCUGUUACCACCACCAGCCCCCAUGAAAGCAAUACUCAUGUUAGCUCAUCCAGCAGCAGGAGUGAGACAGGGGUCAUAACCAGCAGUGGAAGGAACAUUCCUGACAUCAUCUCAUUGGACUGAAGGAGGACUUGCUCGAUUCUAGGAAUCAUUCAUCAAAACUGCUCUUUCUUGGAUCUCUGGUCCGUGGAAGCUAUUUUUUUAAUAAUAGUUACUUUGAUAUUUAUUGAAACGUCAAAUGGAUUCUUUUGCUUUCUGAAAGACGAACACAGAUAACUGUGGCAAGAACCAAAUGACACACAUGAUUUUCUUAUUCAUGCUGUACUCUGAGCAUCAGAUGCGUCAGCCAUAACUUUGUCUUCUUGGGAGACGGAUUUCAGUUUCAUGUUACUGGAUGGAUUCUACAAAUCAGUUAAACAUUUCUUGUAAUAAACAGCAAUAAAAUUAUGUAAAUGUGCAAGUAAACUUUUUUCUAAUUAAAAAGGAUGUAAUCAAUGAAUUUAAAAGGACAGCAACUUUUGUUUAACCUGACGUGAAGGAAAAAUAUAUGGAAAGAAGUUACGUUUGCCAAAUGAGUCGUUUCCACGCAGAUUUGUUCUAUUUCAUUGAACUGAUGAAGUCUUGAUAAGUGGCCAAAGCGUGGGUUCCACUUUUCUUCCUGAUUCCAUCAAAGAAAAAUGGCCUUUGUGUCAUACAUUUUUCCCUGGUUGUCAUUUACAUUCUAUGUUAUUUGCUACUGAAUGCAGAGAGAAGUUCUAGGAUCUGGCUGUUCUUUAUUGGCAAGUAUGUCGAAGAACACUACACAGAUUCUACCCUGAUGUAAUGUGUGUUAUUUUUGGUAAUUUUAUAAUCUCAUUCUAGAGAUUUCUGUAAAUUUGGGGCUUGCCUUCUCAAAAAAAAAAAAAAAAAAAAAGUGCUAUACAGUCAUUGAAGGAAAUGUUUUUGGAGUAAGGUGGCUGGAAUGUUAGAAUUUUGUUCUUAUUGUCCAGAAUCAUUGAGAGCUUAGAGGCAAUAGAAGAAUGGAUUUAGGGGAGCUUGGGAAUAACAAAGUUUAAUUUGUUCCUAAGAACUUCUUUUGCUCAUUUACUUUAUAGAAUAAUAUUCAAAUCUUGUUGAAACUUUUUAGAUUUUAGUGACACUGACCAAGAAAAUAUGUUUUAGAUCUCUGAUCAUUUUUAAAGAAAAAGCAAAUAGCAAGAGAUAGGGGUGGUAUCGGAUUUCCUUUUUAUUUUUUAAAGAGAAAUCUUUCCUGAGACCACAGAAGACCUGAACCCCACUUUAAAAACCACUCUACUUUCUUUUGCUUUAUUUGGCUGCCUAAAUAAUUUUAGAAUUCUCAAGGAGUUAAUACUUUCCCAAUGUUUAGCUUUCUCUGCCUACUUUACAGAUAAACUCUUUUUUAAAAAUGGGUAAUCUGAUUCUCAAGCUGAGUGCCCAGAUGAAAAGCACUGAGUUCAGUGAGAACAGGGACGCAUGACUUGGGGUUGGUGCAGCUCACGGAGCUGACUUGGCAGUGCUUGGUUUUCACACCUCAAGUUUUCAUGGCCUCUGUACACCUUUUGUGCUGAUUUAAGAUCAUGUGAUUUUCUGUGUCAUCCCUUCUUUGGCUACAUCAUCAUCCCCUUAAUGUAUUACCCUUUUUGGAGAGCUGCUUAUUAUUAAAAGCGUGGAAAAUAAACUUCCUGCAGUAGUUGUGCCAUAGUUGCUAGUUCUAUCUUGUCAUUAGAUUUCAAUCCAUGUUACAGUCCUUUGGUCCAGAUACAGAAUAUCUUCAUAGUAAAGUUUUAUGUUGCUGCUUUAAAUACAGAUGCAAUGUCUGUUAACUCUGUAAUCAGAUAGAAAAAGUAACCUGAUUUGUGUGGUAUAAUUUGUCAAUAAAGAAAUGAUGUAUA